ACUGGGCCCCAAGGAGAACCCGGCUCCCGAGCGGAGGGCCGCCACUUCCUCUUCGCCGUCGCUUCCCUUCCGCGGGGCCGUUCCCCCUCGCUCCCGCAGAAGUCUCUGCCCUCUCCGCCGCCGCCGCCACCGCCUCCGGCCCGCCAUGCCGGUAGUCAUUGACCCCGUCGUGGCCCGGCAGACGGGCACCACGCCGGCCCCCGCCCCGGCUCACAGCACCAGCACCGAGGCAGGGGGCCAGGGCCCCGGGGGGAUCUACUCGGCCAUCCUCAGCCGGAACUUCCCCAUCAUCGGGGUGAAGGAGAAGACCUUCGACCAGCUGCGGCAGACCUGCCUCGAGAAGAACGUGCUUUACCUGGAUCCCGACUUCCCUCCCGACGAGACCUCGCUUUUCUACAGCCAGAAGUUCCCCAUCCAGUUUGUUUGGAAGAGACCCCCGGAAAUCUGCGAGAACCCCCGGUUCAUCAUCGGCGGAGCCAACCGCACGGACAUCUGCCAGGGAGAUUUAGGGGACUGCUGGUUCCUGGCGGCCAUCGCUUGCCUGACCCUCAACGAGCGCCUGCUCUUCCGAGUCAUCCCCCACGACCAGACCUUCACCGAAAACUACGCCGGGAUCUUCCACUUCCAGUUCUGGCGCUACGGGGACUGGGUGGACGUGGUCAUCGACGACUGCCUGCCCACCUACAACAAUCAGCUCGUCUUCACCAAGUCCAACCACCGCAACGAGUUCUGGAGCGCCCUGCUGGAGAAGGCCUACGCCAAGCUCCACGGGUCCUACGAGGCCCUGAAGGGCGGGAACACCACGGAGGCCAUGGAAGACUUCACGGGGGGCGUCACCGAGUUCUUUGAGAUCAAGGAUGCCCCCCGAGACAUGUACAAGAUCAUGAAGAAAGCCAUCGAGAGGGGCUCGCUCAUGGGCUGCUCCAUUGACGACGGUUCAAACAUCACCUACGGGACGUCUCCUUCCGGCUGGAGCAUGGGGGAGAUGAUUGAGCGCAUGGUGAGGAAUAUGGAUAAUUCCCGGCUGAGGGACGACGACCUCGACCCCCGAGGCUCAGACGACAGGCCGGCCCGGACCAUCGUUCAGGUGCAAUAUGAGACACGCAUGGCCUGUGGGCUGGUCAAAGGUCACGCUUAUUCUGUCACUGGGCUGGAUGAGUCGCCGUUCAAAGGGGAGAAGGUGAAACUGGUGCGGCUACGCAACCCCUGGGGCCAGGUGGAGUGGAACGGAGCCUGGAGCGACGGCUGGAAGGACUGGGGCUUUGUGGACAAGGAGGAGAAAUCCCGGCUGCAGCAUCAAGUGACGGAGGAUGGGGAAUUCUGGAUGUCGUACGAAGACUUCAUGUACAACUUCACCAAGCUGGAGAUCUGCAACCUCACGGCCGACGCGCUGGAGGCCGACAAGCUCCAGACGUGGACGGUGUCCGUCAACGAGGGCCGCUGGGUACGGGGCUGCUCGGCCGGAGGCUGCCGCAACUUCCCCGACACGUUUUGGACGAACCCCCAGUACCGCCUGAAGCUCCUGGAGGAGGACGACGACCCCGAGGAAACCGAGGUGGUCUGCAGCUUCCUCGUGGCCCUGAUGCAGAAGAACCGAAGGAAGGACCGCAAGCUGGGGGCCAACCUCUUCACCAUCGGCUUCGCCAUCUACGAGGUGCCGAAGGAGAUGCACGGAAACAAGAAGCACCUGCAGAAGGAUUUCUUCCUGUACAACGCCUCGCGGGCUCGCAGCAAGACUUACAUCAACAUGCGGGAGGUGUCCGAGCGGUUCCGGCUGCCCCCCAGCGAGUACGUCAUCGUGCCCUCCACCUACGAGCCCCACCAGGAGGGCGAGUUCAUCCUCAGGGUCUUCUCCGAGAAGAGGAACCUCUCCGAGGAUGUGGAGAACACCAUCGCCGUGGCUCGCCCUUCGAAAAAGAAAAGACACAAGCCCAUCAUCUUCGUGUCCGACAGAGCAAACAGCAACAAGGAGCUGAGCGUGGACAAGGAGGCGGAGGACGAGGCGGGCUCUGGAAAGCCAGAGAAACCCUCCCAGCCGGCCCCGGCCCACGCGGACCAGGAGACGGACGAGCAGAAGCAAUUCCGGAACAUUUUCCGGCAGAUCGCCGGCGACGACAUGGAGAUCUGCGCCGACGAGCUCAAGAACGUCCUCAACACGGUCGGCAAAAAGCACAAGGACCUGAAGAUGGACGGCUUCACGCUGGAGUCCUGCCGCAGUAUGAUCGCCCUGAUGGACACCGACGGCUCCGGGCGGCUCAACCUGCAGGAGUUCCACCACCUCUGGAAGAAGAUUAAGAGCUGGCAGAAAAUCUUCAAACACUACGACACGGACCACUCGGGCACCAUCAACAGCUACGAGAUGCGCAAUGCCGUCAACGACGCAGGUUUCCACCUCAACGCGCAGCUGUACGACAUCAUCACCAUGCGCUACGCGGACAAGUUCAUGAACAUCGACUUCGACAGCUUCAUCUGCUGCUUCGUGCGACUGGAGGGCAUGUUCAGGGCUUUCCAGGCCUUCGACAAGGACGGGGACGGCCUCAUUAAGCUCAACGUGCUGGAGUGGCUGCAACUCACCAUGUACGCCUGAGCCCGGCCCGGCCCCACCACACCACCGGUCCACGGCUCCCCACCUCCGGCCGGGCCCCAGAGAGCCGGUGCCCGCGGCCCACGCGUGAAGGCCGGCGAUCCUUCUCGCCCCCCACGGCCAAGCCACUGGACGGGCACGUCCGGGGGCGAGAGCCGGGUCCUCUCCGUCUCUCCUGCAUUGCUGCCGUGGCUCCGGCCUUUGGAGGGUGGGAAAGCCGGGCCUGUUGUGACCAGAAGCCCCCCCGCCCGGCCAACACCCUGUAGACCUGGAGGAUAAGGGGGCGGGCAGGGAGGGGAGAUGGGUGGCAUGACGCACACCCAGUUUCUGACCCUGCCCACCUCGCCUCACCGGGGGAUUGGCGUUAAUAAAGUCUCUCUCGGCUUG